CCCUUAGAUUUUGCCUGGAAUGAUGCACCAUUGUGAUGUGUGUGAAACUGCAAUAAAAGCUCAUUUUGUUUUAGAUUUCUUUUCUAGUUUCUUUCUUUUUGAUAAUAGAGAAAUACCCCGUGCGCUAGCUGGUCCAACUGUAGUUGGUGCACUGGUUUGCAACUCGGGUGAGCAUGGGCCCACCUCUCUACCCUUGUCCCAUAUAGAUACCAUGCUUUAGUCUUUUCUAGUUUCUUUUUUGGUUGGUUCAGUUGAAAUUUUGAUUAUCUGUCCUUUUUGGCUUUUAUCUCCCAUCAAGUGUAUUAUUGCAAAAUGUCAAACAUGCCUUCUACCAAGCGUAUCUCUGGCAUUAUAUCUACUACUUUUUUCAGCAAAUUCCCUUUUUUUUCGUUGGCCUUAUAUCCCCUUUAUCAAAAUAAUUCGUAAAAACAAAACGUGUGCUAUGUAAUAAUACUGCUGGUAGAAGUUGAAGUGUAUGCUCAUUUAUAUUCCACCCCUGUACCUUGGAGAUAGAAGUGCUUCUGAAAAUAAUAAUAAGAGUCUCUGGACAAGAAGUAUUUGUAUAUUGAGUAAUCAACUCUUUUUGUGGUUAUAAUAAUAAAAAUAAUUAUCGACAGAAGUAGACAGUGACAGUAAAGGAAACUGAACAGCACUUACUUAGCCAUUCUGGCAGAAUCACACGCACGCGGGCUAAAGCUUCCCCUCUUUUUUAUAUAAAUGCAUCUUACUUCCUAGUCAGUAGCAUCAACCACAAGCCCCCACUUCCCCUUUCACUUUCUCGUCUCUCUUUAUUUUCCAUUUUGCCUUGUUUAUUUCAUUCAUCUUUCUCAAUUGGUUUGCUACUCUUCUUAGCUGGUAUUGUCUGUUGUGUUAGUUAAUCACUGAGAAGAAAAGAUGUCUUCAUGGGAAAAGCCAAUAAUACGACCUCAGCAAAGGCGGAAGACGCCAUCAUUUUCUUCCUCUUUGCUGGAAGCCAUUUACCAUUCCAUUGAUGAAUCAAAAGAAGAAGAAAAGCGUCAAGAAGAGAACCAGGUUCCGAAUAAAAGGAACAAAGCUGUGGAAGCCGAAGAAGAAAUUGUCAGCCUUCGACGUGCAAUCUUGAUUGAAAAAUGGAUGGAAAGUUACAAGUAUACUCAAAGCUCAGGCCACUUUACUUCAGAUUCAGGCUCAUCAACAGACUCAAGCAUGUUUUCGUCCUCAGAAACCGAAUCCGCUUCAAGAUCCACACCUAAAUCAUCAGUUUUUCACACAUUGCCAAAACCAACCAGACAAGUUUAUGACACACUUGUUCCAGGAAGGUCAGAAAAGAUUGUUACAUUCUCUGCAGAGACGACUCCAAAAUGUGAAGGAGGAAGGUUCAUGAAAACAAAAUCAAGAGCCUUGAAGAUUUAUGGUGAUUUGAAGAAGGUGAAACAACCUAUUUCACCGGGUGGGAAAAUCGCAAACUUCUUGAAUUCGAUAUUCAAUUCGAGAAACAUGAAGAAAAAUCACCAUCAUCAAGGUAUGGAAGAUUGGAGUUCAGUAAGGAAAUCAAGGUCAGUGAAUGACUCAAGUACUGUGACAUGUUCAUUGACUACAAGAUCUUCUUGCUUGAACAAAACCCCUUCUUCAAGAGGUAAUAAGUCGAAAAGGUCAGUUAGAUUUUGCCCUGUCAGUGUAAUUGUUGAUGAAGAUUGUCAACCAUGUGGUCAAAAGAGCAUCUACAAGAAUGAAGAACCAAGAAUGUGGCAAGUGCCAAAAGCAGGGAGCUUCAGAAACUUUGACGGAAAGCAUAUCAACAAGCAUCAUUACAGAGGAUUUUACCAAAGUGAAGAUGAUGAAGAGGAAGAAGAAGAAGAAGAAGAUGAUGGUAGGAGUUGUGCAAGUUCUGAUCUGUUUGAACUUGAGAAUAUAGGCAUGAUUGGUCAUGUUCAUGCAACUAGAGAUGGGUUGCCUGUAUAUGGAACCACUAGUUUUAAAAUGAAUCAAGCCAUUGCUAGGGGUUUAGUUAUGUGAUCAUGUAACAUUUCAUUUGAUCAUCAAUGUAAAACACCUAAAAAUUGAAUGAGUCUUCUUGUACUAGGUUUUUCUCCA